GCACAAUACAUCUGCUUUAUGCCCGGAACCAGACGCUAUGCCUGAAACAGCUCAGGAAAGCCCCACUCCCCCCAAAGAGUCUCCGUUCUCCAUCAAAAACCUCCUGAACUGCGAUCGGAAGCCCUCGAAACCCAAGACUUUCCUGUCGGCCGUGAAAGGGGCGGUGGAAGGCGCCGCCUUCGCCUUACCUCACUGCCGGGAGUCGGGCUUCCCGAGGUUUGAGAUCCCGGCGCAGAGGUUUGCGCUGCCGGCGCACUACCUGGAGAGGUCCCCGGCCUGGUGGUACCCCUGUACCCUCUCCUCGGGGAUUCACCUGCCAAGGACAGAAGUGGUGGAGAAGACCAACGGAUGCGUCAGAGACUCGGACUCCCCGGACCGGGACUCCCCGGAGCCGGGGCUCCGGCUCCAGUCGGAUGCCAAAGAGAGAGACGACUCCAAAAGUCCGGACGAGCUGGUGUUGGAGGAGUCGAGCGACGCGGAGGACGCGAAGAGAGAAGACCACGGCGGCGGGGGCGGGGGGGGCGGUGGUGCGGGCGGUGAUGGCGGCGGUGAGGUCGGAGGGGGGGAGUGGAAAAAGAGGACGGAGAGCCCGGACAAGAAGCCGUGUCGGAAGAAGAAGACCCGCACCGUGUUCUCGAGGAGUCAGGUUUUCCAGCUGGAGUCCACCUUCGACAUGAAGCGCUACCUGAGCAGCUCGGAGAGAGCGGGACUCGCCGCCUCUCUGCACCUGACCGAGACGCAGGUGAAGAUCUGGUUCCAGAACCGCAGGAACAAGUGGAAGCGGCAGCUCGCGGCCGAGCUGGAGGCCGCCAACCUGAGCCACGCCGCGCAGAGGAUCGUGCGGGUCCCCAUCCUGUACCACGAGAACUCGGUCACCGACACGGGGAGCGCCGGCAACGCGCCCGUGACCCAACCCUUACUGACAUUCCCACAUCCAGUGUACUACUCCCAUCCGGUGGUCACGUCCGUACCCCUCCUCCGACCGGUCUGAGAUUCACUUUCCCGCCCGCCCCAACCCAAAAAAAU